AUGACAGAAGCUGUGACAGAGGAUCUGGAGACCAGGUACGAUGGCUUCAAGGCAUGCUUUGGCGGCGAAGAGCUGAAGCGCGCGUGCGCAACGCUGUCCGGCGCGCUCGUGGGCAGCACAGGGCAGUCGCCCCUGCAGACGCUGGCCCAGGACCCGGAUCUGCACGUCAGGGAGCUCGCGUUCGCGGCGCGCCAGUACGCGCUGUCGCUGGCUCACGCGCCCAAGGACUACGAUUCGCUGUACAACCAUGGGCUGGUGCUGCAGGCGGGCUCGCGUGAUUGCAGGAUCCUUAUUUGA